UUACAGUUAUAGUCAGUCCGGAUCGGGCGCUCGUUCAACCGAGAUUACGCUCGGUGGCAACACCUUCUUUUCCAUUAUUAUCUGUCGGCAAUUACUUGUUCUCGUUAAUUACUCGUACUAAUAACAGAAAAUUGACAUAUAGUCUAGUCCAUCGUUGUGUCAUCUGAUGGGAAAAAAUUAUAAAUUCCCAAAUUUUAACGGAAAUACUCAGUGCAAUAAGGAUAAAUUUUAUCUCUUAUCCGGGUCGACUAGAAGAUAUGGAUCAAGUUUAUAUCAUUGGUGAAUCUGGAACUACAAUUUUGAGUGUCAGAAUUCGUGGAAAUGAGAUAAUUUUAAAAGUGUCGCCCAGUGAAGACGAAAUGCGGAGGAUUAAGCGAAGAAGAGAUGAAGAACGCUCCAGUGGAUUAAUUCCCAAUCUUGUGUGUUUAAAUGGGAAUACCAAUAGUGUUUAAAAAAAAGUUGAAACAUUCAAAUUUCAUAUAAAAAAAAAGGAUGGAGUAAACUUUUUACAAACGAAAAAAAGAGUAGAAACCAGUAUAAAAAAUUGAAAGUGCCGUGAAUAUCAGCGAGUUCCCAUAAUAUUGUGCUAGUAUCCCAAUAGGAAAAGAUAAAAUCCUUUUUUUCAUUUUCCUCUUGGCUUUAAUAAUCAGAAAAUUCAUUCCCGGAACGAGAGAGACAGGUCGACUAUACAUUAUUUCUUGUGAGGGGCUGAGGAAGAUAAUGCGAAACCUGGAGAGAUCAUCAGGCAGCGAUCAGGACUGUGGAGAUCAGGAGAUGUAUAUCGACCUCGACGACGCGUCAGUCGACUCAAUCACAGGGAAAAGAGGGCGACAUCAUGUUGCCGAGGUGGGUGAUGAGAGUGAUAGCAGUGGAAGCGAGCGUAGUCCGAAACAAGUCAAACGUCGAAACCGCGUUGGUCCAGCGACAACACGACGACGGAAGAGUGGAAUUUCAGCAAGAGAAAGAAACUUGAGAAGGCUAGAAAGUAACGAGCGAGAACGAAUGAGAAUGCACUCUUUAAAUGACGCAUUCGAGCAAUUGAGAGAGGUAAUACCCCACGUGAAAAUGGAAAGGAAGCUCAGCAAAAUCGAAACACUUACACUUGCCAAGAAUUACAUAAUGGCACUUACAAACGUCAUAUGCGAGAUGCGAGGGGAGGAGCAACCGUACACAUUUGUGGAUGGUGAAUGUGGCUCAAGUAGUGGAGACAGUACUGGUCAGCAUGAGUUGAGCGGUGGUGAACAGGUUGAAGAAGCAUCCCCGACAUCUCACCAUGAAACAAAUAACAACAGUCUACUACAUGAGGAUCUCGAGCGCCGGAUACCCUAAUUAUAUCUGUAUUUGGCUGUCAAAAAAAAAAACGAAAAACCGAGUUAAAAAGAGCAAUGAGGAGAGAAAAGAAAAUGAGGGAGGAGUAAUAACUUAGACCUCAUCGAUUCUGAACUCGAUUAAACGUACCCUCAUUUUGAGAGUAAAAACAAAAAGUAAAAUGAGGAAAAAGGAAUGGAGAGGUGUAUAAAGAAUACCGUUAUGUGACACACAGAAUCCGGCGAAUUUUAUUGAGGACACACGACGCAAUUAAAAACCACGCCUUCAGGCUCUUGCAGAUCAUUUCUGCCUUGUGAUUUUGUUGAGACUAACGAGUGUGAUCUCCUGCGUAAGAAACUGCGUAAUUGUUACAUGACGGUUAUUACCACUUCUUUUUAUAAACACGAUUCUGUGAUGCUGUUGAGAAAGCAAUAAGUGAACCAUAUUUUCAUGUUUUUCAUGCCUUACUUUAAGGUACUUUUUAUGAAUAAUCACUGAACGAGCUUUAUUCAUUUUCCUUGAUUUUUCUUUUUUGUUUUAUUGAAGUAAUUGUGAGGGAAGCCAAAUGCCGCGACAUAAAUAGGCAUCCGAGGAAAGUAUGGCCUCGACCGCACUACUGUGAUAGAUUAUGUUUUUUUGUUUCAGAAUUUUCGGUACACCUAAAUUUAGACAUGAAGUUCUAAAAUGGGUUAACUCUACGCAUCGAUUCAAAAAUUAAUGAACAUCUAAAGAUGAUUCCUUCCUUAUAUUUCUAAGCAUUGCCAACAGACCUUUCUUCUGAGAAAAACAAUUUUGCUCUCCUAGGAUAUGCCAUAUUACUUCCAGAAUGAUGAAUUUCUGGUAAUUUGAUGAAUUGAAUUUGAAUUUGACUUUUUAUGUGGAAAAAUUUCGUGACUAGAAAGAUGUUUCUUGUUAUCUUUGCUUGAAUUUUCUCUUGACUGAGAUAAUCAUGCGAUUCAAAAAAAUGAAUAUUUUUAUGAUGAGUUGACUCGCUUUGCUACUUGAUUUCUGAAUUGUUCAUCAUUUAUUCGUGUGAAUCUCGCCUUUUUGUUGAUGAUAACAUUCAAUAGGUCUUAUUCGUAUAAAAAAAUAUUCAUAAUAUAUGUGGGAAAGUUUUUUCGUGCCUUGGUGUGAAACGCCUGAUACGUAUGUGUUAAAUGUGUUAAAUAUUGUUUAAGCUGUCAUUCCUGAUUUUAAGCACCUACUUCAAAUGCAAGAAAUUGGUCUGAGGUCGUCUUUCUCUCUUUAUUCAGUAGGAAAAUCGACCACUGAAUCAGCCAAAUAAUCAUUGAAACAUUAAUGACAUUUAUGCAGCUGCAUAUAUUAUGUUGCUCUAUUCUAUUUUGUUCAGUUAAAUUCAUGGGUAAUUUCUUUUUUUCUGUCUGGAGAAAUUCGAUAUUUUCGAGUUGCUAUUAGAGGGAAGCUACGUUUGAGUCUGAAAUGCAUGUUCUCUUUAUAAGUUUGUUACAUGAUUUUUUUAAUUUGUUUAAUUAUCUAAGGCAUUCCGAGGGAUCGUGGACUGCGUCUCAGCGGUUUUUAAUAAUUUUCUUUGUUUUUGUGAAGAUGGUUGUGAUUUUAGUUAGAAUUAAUAAGGAAAUUCAAAGUGAUGAUUGAUAAUUGAGGAUCUUUUUUUCAAUGAUAACCUAGUGAGACGCAAAAGUCCUAAUUUCCGUCCUUAAAUAUGAAAGUUUUAAACAAAAUCAUUUGUUUAUUGUUAUUGAGAUCUUAUAGAAAUUUUAAAGAUUCAUCAUCAACCACCAAUGUACUUCCAAGCUGUACAAAUGUCAUCGUUCUGAAUAUUAAGAGAAAUACAUUGGCGUGAUGUUGUGCUACAUAAUCAUAUUGAGAGAAGAGAAUUUAUUAAGGAGAAUUAUUAUAUGAAAGAUUUUAUCAAGUUAACUAAAUAUUUUUUAUAAUGAAAAAGUUAUUUUUUCCGUUUAAGAAAAAGUUUUAUCCUCGUUCAUACAUUUUCUAAAUAUAUAUAGUUAGUUUACACAGUGAAAUAUAAAUGGUUUCUUAGUAAUGUGGCAAGAUGAGCGAUUUAAUCGGGAAAAAAAAAGAUACCCUUCCGUAAAAGUAAUGGCUUUAAAGUAGACGAUACUAAUUUAUGCUACAAGGGCUGAGAAGUAUUUUGGUAACGUAUUUUAUAAAAAUUUACAAAAUGUUCAGACCGUGUAGCAUAUGUUAUUUUAUAUUGCGAGGCUCGACUUACCGAGUAUUUUUAUUGUCCCAGGGAGGUGAGUAAAAAGGAAGGCGAUAAACGGCCACUUACUGCCCUGGGGCAAUAGAUGUACGAGGUAGGGUGAGCCGAGCGACAUAAUAGUACAUUAUAUGCAACAAGUGUGUGAUGGGUUUUUUGGCUCGAGUCGGAAAAUCCAUAACACACGUAGUUCAUAAAUUAUUUUCUAUCAUUGAGCCCGUAAUCCACGAUGCUGGCGAGCAAAGUCAGGUUAGAAUCGCGUGAUUACAGGCACCUAUGAUAUAAAACGAAUUCCUUGGGGAUCGAGAGAUAUCCUAAAAAGAAAGCAGAUAAUUUCAAAUCUACCUAAUAGUUUUCCUGGAGUAGAGUUUGCAGGAAUUUGUAUUAAUUCGUAAUUAUUGUAUAGAUAUGUCCGUCAUAAGUUUACACAAAAAACUUGUUGUGCAGAGCAUGAAAUUGUGUAUACAAAGAUGUCUUUUGAUGAAUUUCUCUAAAAAUUGCCUGAAUAAUUCGCACAAUAAUUUACGAUACAAUUUUUAAUAAUUUUAAAUUGAUGCAUUCUUAAUAAUAUUACUUUACUAUUACUUUACUAUUAGUAAUCACCUAGAUAUCACGGAAAUGAAGAAGAAUUAGCUGAAAAUGCAAUUUGGAAAAUAAGAAAAAUUCACUAUUUAAAUAAUGCUUGUAGGGGAUGUUGAGGUAGUAUGUACACGAAGGAUUAAUCGGACAUCCAUUAUAAAUUGUUUCUUUCUUAAUUUUCAAAAUUUCUCUACCCUUAAGGCAAUAUAAAUACAUUACUUAAGUAUUCAGCCAUUAGUCGGUUGAUAGACUGUGAAAAAUGAGAUUCUAAAAAAAAUACAUAAAUAAAGUUUUAAAAAAGUUAAUUAAGGCAAAAAAAUCGCGAAUAAUAACCUAUAUCAUCCAAUGAACCUAAGAUUCUAAUUGCCUGUGCUUCCACGAUAUUUUUUAUCGUACAUUUAUUGUCCUGUAAUAUACCGUUAAAAUAUUGAAAAAAAAGAUUUUUUUUACGCCAAUAAUUUGAUAUUCGCUGUGAUAAGAAUUUUUCAUGACUAGGAAAAAACAUUCGAUAGUGUUGAUUGCUACUAUACCAAUUCAAAUAAAAAGAUGUCCAUAUUAUCCAGCACUCCCCUACUUAAA